AUGUCCAGCAAAGCGUUGGCCACUCAAUUCAAGUGGUACCUGCACGACUACGCGUCAAAUGCUUCCGACCGAGACGCUUCUGUGACCGACAAUUGCUGGGGUGGCAGCGAAAUACUCCGGAUGGCCGCCAACUUUUUGCGGCCUGAUAUCUAUGUCAUCGAACGUCGCGACGGCGACGAUAGCGAGUAG